CGUGCCAUCGCGUCGCGGAUACUAAUCGAACGUAAAGAAGAGAAACUAAGUCGCUCGCAGAAUCGACAUCGUCGAUGCCGACUUUUUCUUCCCGAGUCCGAGAGUGGCUUCUCCGCGAAAGAACAAUUAGUAUUGUCGAACGAACUCCCGUGUGCUGCGAUGUGCUGCUUCGAACAUAGUUACUCCGGAAUUUUCCAGAAUAAAGCCAAUCGCAGAGCCUGCUUCGUCGGCGCCAGUGUCGUCGAAGUUCUCGACAAGUCUUUCCACGCUGGAAUAGCAACCAUCGAACUUUCACCACUCGUUAAAGCGUAUCUGUCUGCAGGACUUGUGACAGUAAUCAUCUUAGCAGUUCUCUAUCUGCUGUCGGCUACUCUUCAUCUCGUGUUACUUAAAAAUUCAAAAUGUUGGUUACGUUGCCAGUUAAUUGCAACUACAAUCGUGAAAGUGGUACUUGUGCUUUUGCUCUUGGCACUAUUAUCCAUGACGAAAGUGGAGGGUUGGAACGCUACCGGUCUAGUGUCAUCAACGUUAAUCACCGUCGUUAUCAUAAAGCUCUUCGGUAUCGCCAUCGCGUGCUCGAAUCUGGUGGACAUGAGCGGUGACUGGUCGUAUUUAAUAGAAUUUGGUUUCGGCGUUAUAUUAAUCGCCAUCGUACUCGGGAUAGAGUUACUCGUAAUUAUGCACACGCUGACAGCGGCGGUUAUUGUUGCCGCCAUACUCGGCACAUUCCUCAGCUUGAUAUCGCUGAUGGAUCUACAUCAGAACAUGAGCAUCAAUUCCUGGUGGUGGGAAGAAAAACUGCUCAACGGAUGUAUGUACCACGUGUUGCGGCAGUACACGCUGCUGUGGUGUCUGCGGAUCGAGGAGAAACCGCGCGCGAUAACGAUCUUCGAUAGCGCGUCUCAAGAGAAGCGGCAAGACGACGUGACUGCGUAAAAACGGCCAAUGAAAUCUGUCUGUUCUUAACGCUACGUUAACUCCUGUUAUAAACCCGCGCGUAUCGGGACUUUUUGCAAAAUUGCGAUCGAAAUUUUUUGUGACUUUUGAUUUAGAAGAUAUAUACAUAUAUAUAUAUAUAUAUAUAUAUACACUUAUCACCGCCGCGGUCUUGCGUGCGAUACGUUGCGAACGACGUUUCUUAUAUUGCACGGCGCGUAUCUACGAGCGUAUAUAAACUAUCAUUAAAGUAUCAUACACGUGAGAUAUCGUCGAUUCGACAUCGUUACAAUCUGUACGCCCGUAUUGCGCGGCUAACCAGAAAGAGAACUUUGACGUUCCGGUAUUCCAAAGAGAACACUGUGCGCGUAAUCCCGAUAUCAUCGUAAGAAACCGAGCUCGCCUUAAAUUAAGAAACUUAGUUUUACGACUGUCGCGCCGUUCCUCGUUUCCUUGAACGCCGUGUCCCAUCGAAUAUCUUGUUUUCUAUUUUACGAUCUACUUGUGGUACCACCGACUGUGUUGAUUUUUUUUGUUUUAAUUAGACGACCGCAUUCCGCAAUGAUUGAAAAUAACGUCCGUACUUUCUUAUUUUAUUUUUGUUUGCAAUGUUACAAUCAUUUGUUGAAAAAACGUAAAACGCGCGCGAUGAUCAUCUACCUCUUAAAAGUUUGUAAGUGCCGGUUCGUGC